ACUUUUGGCAACACUGCUGGCAAGGCCUAAAGUAGUGGCAGCGGAGGUGCCGGCGGUGUGCGGUGUCAUUGUGUUGUCGUGCUAUUGGCAAUUGAGUUUAUUUCGAACAUAAGUAAUAGUCGAAAAUGUCUUUUGGCACCGGACUUUCAGUGUCGGGGAAAAGAUCCUCUGGCGCCUCGGUGCGAACUCAGAAUGUGAUGGCGGCGUGCUCCAUUGCAAACAUUGUGAAGAGCUCUUUGGGGCCUGUAGGCCUAGACAAGAUGCUCGUCGAUGACAUAGGGGACGUGACAAUCACCAAUGAUGGAGCGACUAUACUGAAGCUGCUUGAAGUUGAACAUCCUGCAGCUAAAGUACUGGUUGAGCUUGCAGACUUGCAGGACCAAGAAGUCGGUGAUGGAACUACGUCUGUGGUUCUGAUUGCUGCAGAGUUGCUGAAAAAUGCGGAUGAGCUUGUUAAGUGCAAGAUUCACCCAACGUCUAUCAUCAGUGGCUACCGCUUGGCUUGCAAAGAGGCGUGCCGGUACAUCCAGGAGCACAUGACUACAUCGGUUGAAGAACUGGGCCAUGAGAGCGUGGUGAAUGCCGCCAAGACGGCCAUGUCCUCAAAGCUGAUUGGGCCAGAUUCUGACUUCUUUGCAAACAUGGUUGUGGAUGCAGCCAAUGCAAUCAAGGUGUCUGAUGGCAAGGGAGGCUUCCGGUACCCCAUCAAGGCUGUCAAUGUGCUUAAGGCACAUGGCCGCAGUGCUCGUGAAAGCAUACUUGUUCAAGGCUAUGCCCUAAACUGCACUGUUGCAUCCCAAGCCAUGACAAAGAAGGUUGUUGGUGCAAAGAUAGCCUGCCUGGACUUCAGCCUGCAGAAGGCUAAGAUGCACAUGGGUGUCCAAGUGCUGGUUACUGACCCCGAGAAGCUUGAGGCCAUUCGUCAGAGAGAAAUGGACAUCACCAAAGAGCGUAUCUCCAAGAUCUUGGGUGCUGGAGCCAACGUGAUCUUGGUCACGGGAGGUAUUGACGACUUGUGCCUCAAGUACUUUGUGGAGGCUGGAGCCAUGGCCGUGCGCCGAUGCAAGAAGCAGGAUCUUCGACGCAUUGCAAAAGCCACUGGAGCCCAGCUGCUGGUCAGCUUGGCCAACAUGGAAGGGGAGGAGUCCUUUGAUGCCAGUAUGCUAGGAGAAGCUGAAGAAGUGGUUCAAGAGAAGGUUUGCGACGAUGAGCUGAUUUUGAUCAAGAAGCCUAAAGUGCAGACAGCUAGUUCCAUCAUAGUACGUGGUGCCAACGACUUCUUUGUGGAUGAAGUGGAGCGAUCAAUCCAUGAUGCCCUGUGUGUGGUGCGCCGAGUGCUAGAGUCCAAGACUGUGGUGCCUGGAGGAGGGGCCGUAGAAGCUGCACUCUCCAUCUACCUGGAAAACUUUGCCACUUCUUUGAGCUCUCGUGAGCAACUGGCCAUAGCAGAGUAUGCACGCUCACUGCUGGUCAUUCCCAAGACCCUGGCUGUGAAUGCUGCCAAGGAUGCCACCGACUUAGUCUCCAAACUCCGGGCAUACCACAAUAGCUCCCAGACCAAGCAGGACCACGCACAGCUGAAGUGGGUUGGCUUGGACCUGUAUGAGGGAACAGUGCGUGACAACCAGAAGGCCGGUGUGCUUGAGCCAACUGUGUCCAAAAUCAAGUCACUGAAGUUUGCCACUGAAGCAGCCAUCACCAUCUUGCGAAUUGAUGAUCUAAUCAAGCUUGAGCCCAGCCCAUCAAGUCAUGACGAUAGAGACGAGUGCAUGUGAGCUAUUCCACCACUCUGCUCAUAGGCUUCAUAGCAUUCACUUUGCAAGUCCCACAUGAUUGACCUACAGGCACUGCAGAAGAUGUAUGAAUAAAAAGCUUUUUUCUCACACGUG